AUGCCUCCGAUAAGAGCAAGAGCAAGAGGAUAUACAAGGAGCGAGAGCGUGUUCCACCAAAACCUCACCACAGCAGACCGUGAAGAACUACUCAAAUUGCAGACCUUGCGUGACAUUCCCAAGUCAAAAUAUGCAACGCAGUCUUGCUUGACUGGAAUUCCGUCAGGACGCAGCCGGAAGAUCAUCUACUCUCACGUAGAGAUUUAUAAGAAUGUAGAAGAGAUUGCUACUGAUCUCCGCGAAGCAGGUGUUCGUCCACAAUCAGUCUGUGCUUUUAUUCUGCACAAUUCCAUUGAAGCGGUUGUUUACAUACAAGCGUUGCAGUGGAUUGGAGCCAUUGCAGUUCCUAUCGACCCUGGGUUAUCUGAACAGGACAUUUCCUUGGUGUUGAAGCACACCAAGGCCUUAACUGUUGUUUCCAAACUUGUUGAUGAGGAAGAACAAGCAAGCGAUGAACUCUUUCAAAAGAUAAGGGCUGCUUGUGGACCGAUUGAGUUGAUUGAAUGGUACAUUGCACGCUCCACAAAUAGGGGAGUGUUUCUCGAUCGAAAGGACCGUCGCGCUGGAGAGGGAGCGGCAUGGGCAGGCGGGGCAGGCGAUUUCAAGUACGAUCCUUCGGAGACGUCUGUUCGUCUGACGACUCCUGAUGGAAGCGACUGCCUUUCCGUUGAUAUAACUCAUCGCAGUAUCACGACGGCCACCAGAGAGUUUUCUAAUACUUACAGUCUGACAGCAGAAAUGUCGACGUUGCUCAUUUUCCCGAUCCAUUCUAUACAGGGUUUGUUGUGCGUGCUCGCAAGCAUGUACUCUGGUGGAAGUGUUGCAAUUCGUGAGGGGAGCACUAUUGAGCCAGAGAAUAUCCUCAAGCUUGCAGCAGACUACAAAAUCAACUGGUUCUCAGCGAGUCCAGACAUUGUUCUUUCUGUGUACGCAUAUGUUUGCCGUGACUCUUCUGUUCUGAAAAAUGUCAACCUUUCGUUCAUUCGUUCUGUUGAUGGAACGAUUCCAGAAGCCCAAAUGCAAGCCAUCGAACCGGCGUUGAGAACACCUGUUUUGGAGGCAUAUGGAACUUCAGAGACUUGUGGUAUGGUUUCUGGGAGUAAAGACGUUGAUUUUCGUCCAGGGGCUUGUGGACAAGCAAUUAACGGAUGUGAAAUCAUCAUUUUGGACGCAACAGGAAAGGCUGUGUCCCCCACGACAGUAGGAAGGAUCGCAGUCAGAGGGGUGCAUAUCUGCAAGGAAUAUAUUGACAACGACGCUGCGAACAAGGAACGCUUUGUUGAGAUAGCGGACGGAGACAGUUCCAAACGGUACUUUCUUACUGGAGACGAGGGCUUCCUUAGCAAGGACGGGUAUCUAUCAGUUACAAAUGAUGCCCGUUCACGUAAAAAUGUCCCUCCGAUAGUCCCCCUGACGCAGAAGGAGAAUCUUAAGAAUGCUGAGGAAGAGAAGGUGGCUGACGAGGCCCGUAAAAAAGCCGAGGAAGAGAAGAGGCUUGAAGAGGAAAAACGUUUACAAGAAGCGGAGAAACGUCGUCUUGAACAAGAAGAAGAAUCUAAAAGACUGGCCGAGGAGAAAAGACAAGUAGAGGAGCACGAAAAAGAAGAAGCACGUCUUCGAACGGAGCAAUCUGAAGUACGCGCAUUAGCAUCUAUAGCAAAUGAUGACGACGAUGACAGCUCUUCCAAUCAAGCAUCCAGAUCCUUAUCCUCCUCCCGACGAAGCUCCUCUCGAAUUAACGAAGAAAUGUUCAACAUGAUCAUGGAAAGGCUGGAUGGCAUCGAGCGAAACCAGAGACGGCUCGAAGUCGACGUCGAGUCUGCGCAUCGCCAAGAAAUGGAAAGGCUGCGAGCCCUGAUGGAGAAGUAUGAGCAACGCGAAGCGACAUCCCCUACUGCGAACCUCAACAUGGACGUCAUCAACAAGGCUGUUAACGCCGCUGCCGCCUCCGCUCAGAGCUCGAGCCGAGACACAGCCGCCGCAGCUCAGGCCGCGAAGGACGCCGCGGAGGCGGCGGCCGAAGCACGCGCGGCAGCUAUAGUAGACACGUCUCCAAACGUGCUGGAAGUGGCGGACCCCGGCGCGGUACAGAAGACGGUGCUCGUCUCGCUAGAUGACGUGGAGAAGGCGAUGAACAUGCAUCCUGCCGUUGCGAUGUCACGUGCAUUCGGCCGUCCGGAUAAGCGUUAUGGCAUGGAGGUGUUCUGCGCGAUCAACCCCAAAGCAGGGGCCCGUGUGAGUGAGCCAUGGCUGAAGCUGCAUGCGCAGACGGUGCUUCCGGCGGCGUUCGUACCGAAGCAGUUCUUUUUCAAAGAGGAUUUGACGGGAGAUGAGGAACGCGCAACACUUUCCAACGAAAAGCAAUUGAAGCGGAUGUCUGCGUAUGCUGGGUUUAAGAACGCGUCCAAAGUGGUCAAGCAGCCAGAAUGGACGGCGGCGCAGGCAAAGGAGACGAUCGCGUUGGCAGCACAGUCGAAGGGGAAGAUGAAUGCAAGCCCAAAUAGUAACUCUGGCUCGGGGAGGAUGUCUGGAACGCAGUCGGCGGUGCUGACGGGUAACAAGACUGCUUCCACGGGGGUUGCCUAAAGUAGUUGUGCUGCUGCUGCUGCUGCAGUUUUCGAUAGUAUAGGACCCCGAUCGUAAUCGCGGACACGUUCAGUAGACGUGGACGGUUCCAAGCAUGUGGUAAAUUUGUUUUGUUUUAGUAGCGUGGGCGUCGUUGCUAGGUGCCGUUGGCGUGCUCGAAGAACAGCGAGAUAAAGGAUGGCGAACAGCUGCGUAGGUGUGUCGCGUGAAGCGAUUAGAUAGGGACUUUGUACAACAUGUUAAGGUCUUCCGCGGCCAAACGUGCCAUGGCGAUGAUACAAAAAUAGCCUGUUGGCGA